CAUGGUGAGGACACACAACCUCUGCAUCUUAACAAUAACUCACCCUCACCCCAGAGCCCUGUGAAACCCGGUCCAAAGCUGACUCCUGCUCCCUCACCCCUUCGUCUAGCCAGUGCCCUGCUACCGCCUUCUCGGUUCUGACACCCUCCCGCGUCCCCGCGGCACAGAGGUCGCUCUUCGUGAACUUAACUGUGAGGAACGCUGCUGACACAAAGCGCUUAGCGGUCACUGUGAUGUGCGAAGUAGACAUUGCACACCUCCAGGGGAAAGAAAUGAACUUACAGCUGCACUAUGAGCAAUAACUAAAGUGACACUUAUUUGUUUGAAUUUCUUGUCCUGGAAGCUGUGUGUCACUACCAUGAGGCUUGUAAUUCUUGAAAAUUAUGACUUGGCUAGUGAAUGGGCAGCCAAAUACAUCUGUAAUCGGAUCAUUCAGUUCAAACCUGGGCAGGACAGAUACUUUACAUUGGGUUUACCAACAGGGAGUACACCUUUAGGAUGCUAUAAAAAGCUAAUAGAAUAUCACAAAAAUGGAGACCUUUCUUUUAAAUAUGUGAAGACCUUUAAUAUGGAUGAAUAUGUAGGACUUCCAAGAAACCAUCCUGAAAGCUACCAUUCGUACAUGUGGAAUAAUUUUUUUAAGCAUAUUGAUAUUGAUCCUAAGAAUGCUCAUAUCCUUGAUGGGAAUGCUACGGAUUUACAAGCAGAAUGUGAUGCAUUUGAAAUGAAAAUUAAAGAAGCUGGAGGAAUAGAUCUUUUUGUCGGAGGAAUUGGUCCAGAUGGUCAUAUUGCUUUCAAUGAGCCAGGAUCCAGUUUAGUAUCAAGGACAAGAUUAAAGACUUUAGCAAUGGACACUAUUUUGGCAAAUGCUAAAUAUUUUGAUGGAGAUUUAUCAAAAGUGCCAACUAUGGCUCUAACUGUUGGUGUGGGGACAGUGAUGGAUGCUAGAGAAGUAAUGAUCCUCAUAACAGGCGCACACAAAGCAUUUGCCCUGUACAAAGCAAUAGAAGAGGGAGUCAAUCAUAUGUGGACUGUUUCAGCUUUCCAGCAACACCCUCGAACUAUUUUUGUAUGUGAUGAAGAUGCUACAUUAGAAUUAAGAGUUAAAACUGUGAAAUACUUUAAAGGUCUAAUGCAUGUGCACAAUAAACUUGUGGAUCCACUACACAGUAUGAAAGAAGGAGAUUGAAGGAGAUUGAAGCAAAAGUCUGCUUGAAUGAACAGAACACUUUAAGUAGUAGAUGAAUUUUCAGCUAUGCAAUAUGAUAAAGCAUGGGGAAUUCAGAAAAUUGCCUUUUUAAAUAAGUCCAACACGUAUGUUAAACAUUCCAUAUUUAGAAUUAGUGUCUGUUUUACACUAGGGUUUAGGAGUAGUUGGCUUACACAAUUGACUAUUAAUUAUGAAGUACAGAAGCCACAUCACCACCUAUAAAACAGCGUAAAAAUGAAAUUUCUGCCUGUUUAAAAUCAUUUUAAAGGUAAAGAUGUGCACAUAAGAUACCAAUUGUGACAGGACUCCAGCGGCAAUCACAGAUUUUUAAUUACAAGAUUACACUCCAAGCCUUUCAAGUAUCAACCAUCACCACAAACCUUUCCUUUUAGAAUGCUAUCCUUGUAUUUCCUGUGCAUUAUAUACAUGCUUUUCUGCACGUGGUUGCCUUACAUAUCUUCCUGCAGUAGCAUUUGGACAUCAACCGUCCUGCUGUUAUUUGUAAAGGAAAUAAGAAGAGAUGACAGUGCCUAAAAGUACAGUUUACAUCCUUUUGAACAUAUGUGUAAGUGCAUGUUUUUGUGCACCUUCUUCUAUAGCACUUUUUUAUAAAUACGCUGUGAUUUUUAUUUAAUGGCUUGGGUUCAUGCCCUUACUUUAAGAAUCUUGGCAGUUAAGAGCUUUAUAUCUAGAUAGCAACAUAUGUAAGAAAACUCUUUUAAAAAGACUAUUUUCUGAUUGUUGUUAUACUUCAUAAAUGAUUAGCUUUAUUUCUUAUAUAUCAAAUGCCUAAAAGAAUAAUAUGAAAUUAAAUUGUAAACUAUUUUAGAUUGCCAUAACUUGCAUAAUGAAAGUGCAAAUAAAAUUCUAUUGUUUUCUAUCUUUAUCUCAAAUAAAGCUUAUAGCAAACAAAUAAGUUAUCUAAAUUUCAUUUCCAGAAGUGAAAUUAACACUUGCAUUUGAGAGAAUUCAAAAAUUAGUACCUGUAAGCCUGCAUUUACUUGUGGUUUGCCAUUAGGAACAGUAUCUCUGCCUGUCAUUUGUCAGUGUUAAUUCCAUGGCCAGUAAAAGCAAUGCACUCUUGCCUUUGUAUUAUUUUAUUUUGUAUUUAUAAGCCUGCCUGGUAGAAGAACCAUUAUAUAUAAUCUAAAUACUUUAUUGUGAUUAUAAUGUACUUCAGUUAAGCUUAAAAUAUUAAUAAAAAAUGAAAUACAAAUAAAACAAGGGUAAAUAUGCUGCUUUAAUUCCAGAUGAUGACAUUUUAAUAGCCUUAUAAAUAGAUUUUAAAUUCCUUAGGAGUGUCAGGUCUUUAGCCAUUUGGACACUUGCAUCCCAUAUCCAAGUGCCUGGGUUCAGUUCCAGACUUGACUUUGGAUUCCAGCUUCCCAUUAACGUGCACCAUUGGUGCAGCAGGUAUGGCUUAGUUGGGCCUCUGCUAUCCAUGUGGGAGACUCCAAUUCAGUUCUCAGCUCUUGGAUUGGCCUGGCGCCAUCUCAGCUAUUACGGGCAUUGAGAAAUGGACCAGCAGAUGGGAGAAUGACUGUCUGCCUUUCAUAUAAAUAAAAUAAAGAUAAAAUAGAUGAGUAAUGAAUUGGUAACAUCUUCCUCUCCCACUUCUGGUAAUAGUAACAAAUUGUUACAUCAAAUUACCCUACCUUAGAAGGUCAUAUGUAUGGCAUAAUAGUGAAAAAGUUAAAAAUACAUGUUUUAGUGCAUAGUUCACCAAUUAUUUUGUGAUUUAAAGGCACCAGUUCAAGUCCUGGCUGUUCCACUUUGAUCGCACUCCAUACUAAUGUAUUUGGGAAGCAGUGGAAGAUGGCCCAAGUACCUGGGACCCUGCACCCACAUGGGAGAAAUUUAAGAAGCUCCUGGGCCAAGCUCCCACUGUUAGAGCCAUUUGGGGAGUGAACCAGUGGAUAGAAGGUCUCUCUGUAAACUCUGCCUUUCAAAUAAAUACAUAUUUUCCAAAAAGAAGCUAUUGUUUGAAUCCCAGCUGUCAAUAACUGUGAACUUACGCAGUAAGUCAGUCUUGUCAUCUUCCCCUCAGUUAUUAAGAGUAAAUAAGGGAAGCCAGUAGCUCUGGUGGCUACUUUAUCAUUGCUUAAACAUGUUUUAAAAAAUGUGUGGGUACAUUUUUAAAUGCUUUUUCAAAAAUAUAUUGUUUUGGAGCCAGAGCUGUGAUGUAGCGGGAAGAGCCGCCACCUGCAGUGCUGGCAUCCCAUAUAGGCACCAGUUCAAGUUCCGGCUGCUCCACUUCUGAUCCAGCUCUCUGCUAUGGCCUGGGAAAGCAGUGGAAGAUGGCGCAUGUCCUUGGGCCCUUGCACCCAUGUGGAAAGACCCCGAGGAAGCUCCAGGCUUCAGAUCCACGCAGCUCUGGCUGCUGAGGCCAAUCGGGAAGUGAGUGAACCAGUGGGUGGAAGAUCUCACUCUCUCUCUGCUUCUCUGUGUAACUGUGUGUCAAAUCAAUCAAUCAAUCCCCAAAAAGAGUAUUGUUUUUAAAAUGAAAUUUGAGUUGCAGAAACAAAGAGCUCACACCCACUGGUUCACUCCCCAACUGCCUGAAAUGGGUGGAGGGGAGGUGACUGAAGCUGGGAACUGGGAACUCAGUCCCUGUUUCCCAUGUGUGUGUCAGUAACUCAAUCACAUAAGCCACUACCCAAAUGCCUCCCAGGGUCUAUAAGCGAGACGCUGGAGUCUGGAAUGGAGCAGAGUUUCAGACCCAGAUAUUUCAACAUGGGACACAGGCAUCUUAAGACAUGUACUAGACCAAAAGGCUGCCCCUAAACAUUUUCAUGUUUGUUAAAAUCUUACUAAUGAUUAGGUUUUCUGGGGAAAACAUUUAGAAGACACACAACUCUAAACUGAAAUCAUCUGAUUGGAAAAGUGGCCUGGAGAGGAAAGUUAAGUUUAUGCUAAGAUCUGGAAAAUGGUUUUUUUGUACUAUUGGUACAAAUAAGACUUUUCUAAAGAGUCACAGACUAAAGGAUAAAAUUUGUCUGAAUUUAAAAUAUACAAAGACUAAGUACCAUAUACCUAUUCCAUAUUAUGUGACAGGUACCAACUUGAAACUUUCCCUGGACAGAAAUUUUGCCUAGGGAAUUACACUGCCAUUAUUUAAAAUACUAUUGUCAUAGAGUUCCAUAUUUGUGUUCUCUAAGCUACAAGGAAGAAGGUACAUGAGCUGAUUAACUUACACAACUAGACUAAAUUAAAGAAUAACCUCUACAUAUAAUUUUAGGCACAUCCCCACUGUCUUAACAUUUUAAAAUCUCUUAACAAUCUUAGUAUAAUUCAGUUACUGCUAUUCUUAAUCCUAAAAGAUUCAAUGUAGAAGCCAAAAAAAUUAAUAGCUAAAUUAUUUUAUCUUGUUACAAUACAAUCUGUAUUCUGGUUUGUGCACUGAGUAAACAUAGGAUUUAAGAGCUUAGAAGUUAAUAGAGCCAUUUAUAGGUUGUGUGAUCCUUGGUAGGUUAUUUACCUAAAAGCUCAGUCUUUUCCAUUAUGAAAUUUAUAUAACUAAGCUGUCUUUAGUUACAGUGUUGCUAGUACCAACCACUUUAACUAGAUGGACUAAUUAAGUAUGAGACCUUUCAGUAUCAGUAAUAAAAAAAUACAUGAAGACAAAAAGUUAUAAUUCACUGAGUGCUUAAUAUGCGUCAUGUACCCUUCUGAAUCAUUUGAAAUGUGUUGUCUCACCAAACCUUCAUUAAGAACCUAUGGAAGCAGCAGUGGUAUAAUCCUGAUUUUACUAAAGAAACAAAAGUGAGUUAUGUGGCCAAGGUCACCUUACUAGUGAGUUAAUGAACACAAAUUUGAGACUACACAAUUUGGCUUCAGGAUCCUAGCUCUUAUCCACUCACCAUUCCCUUUCAAAGAAAUGCACUAAAGUUAUUUAAAUCUGGGAACUCUGAAAGUAACAAGAAAGUUUUACAGUUUUCAUUAUUAUUGUCAAAAUAAGUUACAAUAAAAAGUAAAGUUUUUAAUUUAUGAAAAUUCUUUUAUUUUUUUCCACCAAUUACUUAUCAGGUUGUGUUUUCAGAACUUUUAUAAAAGCAUCUUUUGGAACUUCAAUGUUGCCAAUUUUCCUCAGUUUCUUCUUUCCUUCUGCUUGUCUCCUCAAAAGUUUCAUUUUUCGGGUAAUAUCACCACCAUACUGAAAAAUA